AUGUUGUUUGUGGUGGUAGUAUAUGUGGUGGGUGGGAGUUUGUUUUGGGGUGGUUUGGGGGGGGUAUUGUGUGGUGGGUUGGUGAGGGGGGGUUGUUGUUUUUGUAUUGGUGGGGUUUGUUUGUGGGGGUUGGUGUUUUGUUUGGGUGGGGUGUGGGUGUGGUGGGGGGUGGGGAGUGUUUGGUGUAUGGUUGGUUUGUUGUUGGUGGGGUGUUGUGUUGGGGUUGGGGGUGGGGUGGGUGGGGUGGGUGGUGGGGUGGGGUGUUUUUUUGUGGGGGGGGUGGGGGUGGGUGGUGGUUGGUUUUGGUGUGAGUUGUGGAAGUUUGGGGGAUUGGUUUGUUUUGAUUUGGUUGGUGAUGGGGGUGGUUGUUUUGUUUGGUUGGGUUUGUUUGGGGGGGUGUGUGUGGUUUUGGUGGGUUUGUGGGUGGGGGGGUGUGGGGGGGUGUGUGUUUGA